UAUUAAUAUAAUAAUUAUUCGUCUCGUUUGUUUCUACUUCUUCUUCCUUUCCCCAGAGAAGAUUCUCUCUCACUCGCGACAUCGCACCAGAGAUUUCGAAGAUCCAACAAUGCCGACGCUCCCUCAGAUUUCUCCCCGGAAUUAGGGUUUCCCCCGCCACUUCUGUAGCCAGGCCGGCCAAUUUUUUCCCGUGGAUUUCGCCGGUACCAUUUCCAUUUCCCCAUGUUUUCCCCUAAAGGCGCCCAAUUUUAGGGCUUCCGAUUGGAUUUACGCGUUAAUUCCCCACCUCGGUUUGGAUCAGCACUCGAACCGCGCGGUUUCGAUCGUAAUUUAGUAUUUAUCGGUGCCGAUUCGAGCGGUUUUCUUUGAGCAGAAGUAGCUAAGAUUGACAGUUUGAAGCUUUCGAGGGUAUUGUUUCGUCUGAGAAUUGGUGUUGAUUUUGUCAAGGAGAUCUAGUGUGGCUUUUACGUGCUGGCUGUCAGCUACGCUAACACAGCCCUCCUCCUUUAUCCGGGCUUGGGACCGACUGUAAAAAAGAUAAGACUCUAAGCACGGCACAGACAGGGUUGUUAUUUUGCUUUUUCUUUCUAGAAUUUUAGGUAUUGGAAUUUGUGGGUCUUGGAGGGCUUGAGAAGAGUUGAAUUUCUGUGAUUUCGCAGUGUGUGUGGUUCUGAUUUGGUGGCUCCGAAUGUGCAACUCUUAAGGGGUCCUCUGCUGUGGAGGAUCCCAAAACCGCGGUUUUCGACUGUAAUUUGGCCUUGGUCGUCUCGUUGCUUAUUGUUGGUUUGUAAUUUACAAAGGUGGAGUAGGAGAGUUGUUUGAUUGGUUUUGGGGGGGAUAGCAAAUCAGUUUCGAAGGAGAUGUUUAGUUCUGGUUCAGAUACUGGGCAUGAUAACAGUGGGGUAUCGGGUCCUGUAUUGAUACCCAUGCGAUUUGUGUGGCCUUAUGGGGGCAGAAGGGUGUUUCUUAGUGGCACCUUCACCAGGUGGACGGACCAUAUACCGAUGUCUCCGAUGGAGGGCUUGCCAUCUGUGUUUCAGGUUAUCUACAGUGUAUCACCCGGAUAUCACCAGUUCAAGUUUUUUGUGGAUGGAGAAUGGCGGCAUGAUGAGCGCCAACCAUUUGUAACUGGAAACUAUGGGGUGGUGAAUACUGUCUACUUAGCUACAGAAAAUGAUGAGAUCCCUGGCAUUUAUAAUCCAGAGACGCCUGGUAGAUGUAAUAUGGAGGUGGAUAACGAUAUGUUUCUUCGUUUGGAAUCAGUGCCAAGGAUAUCUGAGGCUGAUAUAAACAUUUCUCGGCACCGUAUAUCUGUAUUCCUGUCAACUCAUACUGCGUACGAGUUACUUCCUGAAUCUGGCAAGGUUGUUGCCUUGGAUGUGAAUUUACCAGUGAAGCAAGCAUUCCAUAUUCUCUAUGAGCAGGGAAUUCCUGUGGCUCCUCUGUGGGAUUUUUGCAAGGCUCAGUUUGUUGGAGUUCUUAGUGCAUUGGAUUUCAUUUUAAUUUUGAAAGAGCUUGGCAAUCAUGGAUCAAACUUGACGGAGGAAGAGCUUGAGACGCAUUCCAUAUUAGCUUGGAAAGAAGGGAAGUUGCAUCUUAAUAGACAAUUCGAGAGCAGUUGCAGAGCAUAUCCAAGAAGUCUUAUACAAGCUGGCCCUUAUGAUACUCUAAAAGAUGUUGCUUCAAAAAUUUUGCAAAACAAUGUGGCAACAGUUCCUGUCAUCCACUCUUCUUCACAGGAUGCUUCAUUUCCGCAGCUACUACAUCUGGCUUCCCUUUCAGGGAUUUUGAAAUGUAUUUGCAGACAUUUUAGACAUUCAUCUGGCUCUUUGCCAAUUCUUCAACAACCAAUUUGUUCUCUUUCUCUGGGUUCAUGGGUUCCUAAAAUUGGGGAGCCAAACGGACAACCAUUUGCAAUGCUGAGACCGAAUGCCUCUCUUAGUGCUGCCCUAUCUUUGUUAGUUGAAGCUGAUGUUAGUUCAAUACCUAUAGUGGACGAUAAUGACUCAUUGCUGGAUAUAUAUUGUCGAAGUGAUAUCACUGCUUUGGCAAAAGACAGGGCAUAUGCUCAGAUUCGGCUUGAAGAAAUGAGUAUUAAUCAGGCUUUGCAAUUGGGGCAAGAUGUUAGUUCUCCUUUUGGCUUCUUUGGUGGACAAAGAUGUCAGAUGUGUUUGCGAUCAGAUUCUUUGCACAAAGUAAUGGAGCGUCUGGCAAAUCCUGGGGUGAGGAGGCUUGUAAUUGUGGAGGCUGGAAGCAAGCGCGUAGAGGGCAUUGUUUCACUAAGUGACGUGUUCAAGUUCUUGUUGGGUUAGAUGAAAUUAUUUGCAACACAAGGCACCAAAAGGUCUGACGGUGGCUCCUGAAGACGGUUAUCUCUACAACACCUCUCAGAUUCCUUGCCCCUCUUAUUGGGUUAGUCUUGAUAUAUUCUUAAGAGGGUUAAGUCUUGAUCUAUUCUUCCGCCUCUUUCAUUGGAUGGGCCUUGAUUUUCUGAGCCCGACCUAUUUUUAGGGAGUUUUUGAAUGGGUCAGAAAAGAAUCUGUAAAUCGAGAAAGAUUCAAUUUUUCCGUUCUUAUCUUUAUAACCACAUUAUUGUCAACUGUGUUCAUGCUCCCGGAACAGCUGCUGUGUCUGUCUCCUUGCUGCUUACAGAAAACAGGCGGUGCAAGAUCCGGAGAAGUUUGUAGCACCUCAUUCAGUACUAGUUGUGACUGAUCUCCACUAAUCUCAUUUUUGUUUAUAUAUCAGUUGCUUUCGUAUUUUGCUAA